CCGCCCCCCUCGCUUGUUUCCGGGGCAACGAGCCCUACUCAGGCACUGCGUCUGCGCGAGGGCUCACUCCACGGCCGCGCGCGCCCACAGAGCAUGGCUACCAGUGAACCUCCUCCGCCCGAGUCGUCCCUGAACGUGGAGAACGAGACUGCCCAGCAGCACAGACCCUCGGUCUCCUGGAAAUUAGCCUCGCCCGCCGCCAGCGCGGCCGCCAGGAAGACCAGUGGCCCUUACCCCGCCUCAGCCGCGUUCCAGCGCCACCGGCUCAUCAGCCGCCCCGAAAUUAACUUAGGGACCCAGCCGCAGAUCUGCUUCCUGCAGCCGCGGACCUCGCAGCCGCUGGUGCUCUUCAGCUUAAUGAAUUCCAGCGAAGCAGCCGUGACCAAAUUUUUACCCAAGAGCCACUUAUCUCGGGUGAUUAUUCGUGACAACCUCAGUGCGCAACGAAUCUAUGAGCUGGAGAUGAAAACGGUAGAAAAGACCAAGAAAAAGAUGAGCCACUUGCAUGACCACCUGAAGAAAAAGUUCUUGAUGGACCAGUUGAGAAAGCUGGGGCGCUGGAGGCGGGAGUUCCUAAGCGUCCGGCAGUACCUGGACAGCAUCCGUGUGCGCAGGGUUGACUCCAGCCUAAAAGAAAAAUCCAGCCGUCUUAAUCAAGUUAGAAGCUCCGCCCCAGAGCCAUGACCACGCUAGACCGACGGGGGGAGAAGACAGAAGCCAGCCACAGGAGAAGAUGUAGAAGCCAGCCAGCACCAUCGUAGAACAAUAAACUGAGACCAACGGACAGUGGAGUACAAAAACCCUAGUAAUUCUCAUAUUCUUGCCCUGCCUCCUUCCCUCUGUUCUGGUGGAGAAGAUCCUGACCGUCCCCUAGCUGCCUGAGUGGAGGAGGCUUAACGAAGCCAGCAUUCAUGGUUAAGGCAAAGAUCGACCUUCUGUGCCCAUGUGUCUGAGGUGGAAUGCCAGGCCAAGGGCAUUGGGCAGUGGCAUCUUAGAUGGGAGGGGCUCAGCAACGCCUAGCAUUCGUUCAGGUGGUAAGGAGGUCAGGGUGGGGCAUCAGACACACGUGGGUCAAGUGCACUGUCUCCAUCAGCUGUGUGACUUUGUAAGCUCUCUGAACCUCUGCUUCCUUAUCUGAAAGAAUGGGGGAGUAGCAAGGGAGCCUACCUCCAAGAACUGGCAUGAGAAUGUGGUGAGCCUGGCCCAGGCCCCUCGUUUCCAAAGGCUCUCAUCAUGACAGCUCCACUUGGCUUCCAACCCUGCCAGUCCACACUCCCUGGCCUGCCUGCUGUCCCAACUGCACCCCGAUCGUCCCCCACAUUGUGCCUUUACUUGCACAGGUCCCUUAUCUAGAAUGCCUCUUCUGCCCCCCCCCCCCAGGGCCCUCAGGAAACUUCCUCCUCCAAAGCUUCUCUCAAUGCUAGUUCCCCUGCAAAGCUUCUCUUCGCCUCCUGCUCGCUCCUUACUCCACCUGCCUACACCACGUGGGUUUCCUUCUCUGGAUGGCCUGUGGUGGCUUCACUCGCCUUGCGUGGUAGGUGUGUGGGCACUUGUCCCAGACUCCUGAUUAGAUGGCACAGUCUUUGAGAGCAGGGGCCAAAGAUCCUCCAAGAUCCAAUCCAGGCCUCUUCUGCGGUGCUACCCCCACGUGGUCCCAGUAGAAAAGGCUACCUACCUGUGCCCACCCCUGCACCAAGCGUGGUGUUGGCCAUUUCCUGUCGGCUCCCUGUGUCCCUGACCACAGAGUGGAGGUCUUAAGGGAAGGGAUGCCGACUUGCUCAUCUCCGUAACCACAGUGCCUAGUAAACAGGGUAGUCAGUGUUUUUUGAGUAGUGACUAUCUUAUUCCUUUUUCCAUUAUAGCAUCGGCAGAGUGCGCAGAGGGAGAGCCCGAUAGGUAUUUUUCAAGUUAACCAAGUCUCCUCAUUUUACAGAUGAGGAAACAGAGGCCCAGAGAGGUGACCUGACUUGCCCACGGUCACACAGCAAGUUAGUGGCAGAGAGCCAGCAGGUUCCUGAAUGCUAUGGAGUGGUCCUGCAUUGCCACAGCUGCUAGGUAAGGACCUCAGUGCUCUUGCUGGCUUUAGGAAGUCCUCCGUACCUGUCCUCAUCCUCACCCUCAUCCCACCCUUCCAGCACUGCUGCCUGGCCAUCCCGCAGGCUUUCCUCAAGAGAAGUCCUUUUGCCCUCUCACUGCUUCCGCUUCCUCAUUUGAAAGCCAAGACUAAUUGUAGUACCUGCCUCAUAGGCUUGUCCUGAGAACUCUGUGAGCGAACAGUGCUCAUCAGGAACUGGCAUGAGGCCUGGCAUCUCCCGGGGGCAACUGUGAAGAGGGUUGUAGUGGCAAUUGCAAUGCUUGGGCUGCCCAAGAAGUGGCCUGGUGCAGGGGAAUGAGCCCCAGAACUGCCUUAGCUCAACACACACACCUGCCUUGGUUCUCUCGUUGGACCAGGAGCUCCCGCCAAGCAGGGGCUGAACAAGUUGGCAAAAGGGAGGCUUACUACUCCUUUCUUGGUGACAUUUACACCCUGUACCUCCAUCUUCUCUGGAGCUCCCAGACACUUCCAAGGGGUUUUCUGUUUUUAUUUUUCCUGUUGCUUAAUAGAUUCUGCAUACUCCUUACUCCAUCACUAAGGAGUCACUGGCUCCCCGGAAAGGUUUCUAAACAGAGGUUGCUCACUGGCAGUCCGGGGUUGACAGCAGGGGUGUUGAGUUGGAUCAAUGCCAUGUUUUUCAUGCUGUUGAAUUUCAGCACUUCGGGUGGGGUCAGCAAGCCACAGCUCCCACCACUGCCUAUUGUCCUAGGCCACGUGCACUCACCCCCCCCCCCCCCCGCCCCGGACCCCGGCCCUAAAGACCUGAGUCUGUGAUCUCCUCAAGGUGUAAGGACAUAGUUCCUUUAAAAUACUUAACUAGUUUCUAAAACCUUGACAUUGUAACUCGUGCACUAUAUACAACAUUGACGUAUACAGAGUAUAUAAUGAAUGGCGAAAUCCCCUCUCCCACUUCUCUGGGGCCACCGCAGAAACGUUCUGAGAGCACAGGUCCUUAAGGUGAAAUUUAAGGUCUUCAUAAAUUGUACAUAAGUGUAGGUGUGUUGAGAUUUGCAUGUUCUCUAAGUCUCAUAAUAAUAUGAAAGGGGUUCAUGAUCCCUCACACAUUAUGAACCACUGACUGAAACUUUCUGCUCAGAGAGUUUGAUCAGCAGCCAUGUUUGCCUCCCAUUUUUCUUGAGACCUCACUGAAAUAAAAGUAUAGAACAUGCAAAAAGUACUCGACAGCAAGGAGAACGAGAAAGAAGACUUUGCUGAACAAAUAUUCAUUGAAUUCAUACCAUAGGCCAAGUCUUCUAGGCCCUGAAGAUAGAGCAGUGAGAGAAGUCGAACAGAAAUCCCCGCCAUCUGGAGCUUAUGUUCUAACAGGAGGAGACAGACAUAAACCAGAUAAAUCACUAGAAGGUGACAAAUGCUGUGGAGAAAAAGAACAGUUAAGAGGACUUGGGGAGGUCAUGUUGGGGUGUUUCAAUGUUUUAAAGAAGGAACACUUACAAAAUAGCGAUUUCAAUAAGUGCUUGGAAAUAUGGAAAGAGGAGAUCGCAGGUGGAAAAAACAGCUGAGAACACUUUCUUAGUCAACUAAAGAGGAGGCUGGGCCCUAGCCGGUGUGGCCCAAUGGGUAGAGCAUCGGCCUGUGGACCAAAGGGUCCCGGGUUUGAUUCCGGUCAAGGACAUGUACCUUGGUUGCAGGCUCCUCCCUCGCCCAGACCCUAGUUGGGGCUCAUGCAGGAGGCAACCAAUCGAUGUGUUUCUCACAUUGAUGUUUCUCUCUGUCAUUCCCUCUCUCUUCCAAUCUCCCUAAAAAUCAAUGGGAAAAUAUCCUUGGGUGAGGAUUAAAAAAUAAAAAUAAAGAGGAGGUGGGAGCCAGUUGACUUGAAAGAACCCAAGAUGAUGGGAAAGGGUAGGAGGGAGAACAGGCAACUAAAAUGGGUUAAUGAGUCUAUGGAUAUCUUGAAUUGUUAUUUGUAUGCCCCACACAUAUUUUACAAUAUUCUUUUGUAUCUCCCAGUAUAUAAUAAACAUAGACCCACACCACCUGGGGCAGGGAAGGGGGGAUUACUGCUCCAGCCCACUGCCCUGCCUCUCUAUACUCAAGUUCGCAAAGUAUAGGUAACCUUUUUCCCUGACAGAAAAGUAAGGCUCUUCUCUCAUGUGACUGAGCUAAAUAUCUGAGGUCAUCUAGGACUUGCAUUGUGGAUGUUGGCAACACAGAAUAGAGCCCUCCCGAUUCUGGUAGUUACAUUCUGCCGCACACAGAGCUUCCAGCCAGAUAUUCUCAAAGGGACCAGAGGUAAUGUAGAUUCUAACAGUGUAUUAGCAGGCGAAACCUACACCAACGCAUUUUCAGAAUGUCCACACGAGGGCACUAUUGCAACACCUCCCUGCAGGGUGAGAGCCCUCUAUGUCUAUCAAUUGGGCCUUCUUUUCAGACUAGAAUUGAUUACGAGGGUGCUGUUCUCAGAAUGUCCACAUGAGGGCACUAUUGCAACACCUUCCUGCAGGGGGAGAACAAUUGGGUUGCAGAAAGCAGCCGACUGUGAACAGAAGGCGUCCCUCCACACUUAGCUACAUGCUGCCUAUCUCCCUCUUAGCUCAUGCAUCUCCUUUCCUGGGUAAAAUGAGACAAACCAGCACGUACCUUAGUGUAUGGCUGGCUACAAGCUUAUAAGAGAAUCUGUCUGGAUUUUGAAUGAAGACCAAUGGGAGCUGGAAGGACUGGGUUCUUACCCAGUUGUUGGCAAUGUGGCCCUGGGCUCAGGCAUAGGGGGACAGGGUUCCUGCCAUCUCACAGGGCUGAGCUCAGGCCGAAGUAAUGGUUGGGGCCGGCUCUGCAGCACAGGUCAGUUCAGCUAUCCCAGAACCUCCCAGUCCACAGGGGACUUCACUUCUUCACUCUAGCUUUCUUGCUCGUAAGGUCCUCAGGGACAGCCUGACAGCUAGUUCUCCAAGGGAUAGCAUUUGACAGUUUAAAUAUAAAAAAUCUGCCCUAGCCAGUUUGGCUCAGUGGAUAGACCGUCGGCCUGCGGACUGAAGGGUCCCGGGUUCGAUUCUGGUCAAGGGCAUGUACCUCUGUUGCAGUCUCCCCCCUGGUCCAGCCCUGGUCGGGGCACGUGCAGGAGGCAACCAAUCAAUGUGUUUCUCUCACGUGAUAUUUCUGUCUUCCCUCUCUCUCUUCCACUCUCGCUAAAAAUCAAUGGAAAACUAUCUUCAGGUGAGGAUAAAAAAUUUUUUAAAAUAUGCCCUAACUGGUUUGACUCAGUGGAUAGAACGUCAGCUUGUGGACUGAAAGGUCCCGGGUUCGAUUCUGGUCAUGGGCAUGUACCUUGGUUGCAGGCACAUCCCCAAUAGGAGGUG